CGAUAUGAACAGGAGUACAAAGCAACUAUAGUAGACUAUGAUUUCAAACCUUAUCAUCUAGUCCUUAUGCAUAACUCUCAUGUGGAAGAUAGUCUAGACAGUAAAAUAGAUCCUUGCUAUUUAGGUCCUCUGGUUGUGAUUUGGCAGACUAAGGGUGGAUCUUAUGUCCUUGCAGAAUUAAAUGGUUCUGUCCUGGGUGGGAGAGUCACACAGUUCAGAGUAAUACCAUAUUAUACAAGACAAAAGAUUGAGUUACUACAGAAAAUCCAUGACUUAAUUGAUGUAAGUCCACAAACUCUGAAGGAGCUUGUGAAUGAUGAUAAG